AUGCACCUUGAGGCUGUGCUGUGGCAUGCAUUAGGGCGUUCCCGCUGUCUCUUGGCUUAUUUCUGUUGCUCAUCGGACAUCAUGCCUGGCAAGCGCCCCCGAGCCAACUCAGAGUCAGAUGCUAUCGACUUGGUUUUCAAAAAGCUCUUCGCCCUGACCGAUGCUUCCAAACCUGCAGCCUCCAUUACUCGGAACACUCUUAAGGAGCUGAAACGUCAGCUGCUCUCUGCAGAAGCUGAAGAGGAGAAGUCCAUACACAAGGCCGCAGAGGACUUCACACUUGAAGAAGCAGUUAUGGACUUUGGCUUGGUGUAUGCCCCCACACUGAGGGACCCUUUAAAGCACCAGUGGGACAUUGAGGCAUUGCCUGACAUCACGACCUUUCAGCCAUCGGCAUGCCUUGCGCAACUCGUCGUAUAUCUUGCAUCUCUUCGUCAAUCCCGCCUCAACCGAGGACGAAGCAAUGCCUCUGUUCAUGGCAUUGCGACAGAUGGUCUCACUUAUGUCUUCGUAACUAUUACACAUGAAGGCAUCCUCAAAGAGAGCAGGCUGUUUAGUCUCGUGCAUGGAUUGCUGUCAACUGUGUUAGGCUGCUUGCAAUACAUCUUGGAGACGACGAUGGCUAUGUGUCCAAAUUUGAUGCCAGAGAGGAGGGCAUUCAAGACAAGCGAGGAGUUGGAGGCAGAGGGUGAUGAUCCGAUUUAUGUGGAUGACUCUCCUCAUCUGGAUUCCGACGAUGAAGAAUGCUACUAA